AUGGGGCGUGUGGCGCGAUACAAGCGCAUCAAGGCGAUCGACCCGUUUGCCAAGAAGGUGACGCAGCCGCGCAAGAAGGGUGGUCUUUUGCCCGGUCAAGCCCCGAGCAAGCAUAAAAAACGCAACAAGUCCCAUGGCAGCGACACGUUUACCGUCGAUGACGUAAUGGACCGAGAUGGUGAUACAGGCGAGAGUAUGGGCAACAAGGCUACAGGUGUUACCAAAAGCAUGCAUCUCAAGGAUGCGCUGCGCCACGUUCAACGCGGCAAACGCGAGCGCCUUGGUGAUUUUUACAAACGCGUCGAUGCUGCGGCGAGCGGUGUCAUUGCCCAGGGUGCUCGGCAAGCCACCAAGACUGCGGAGCGUAGCCGUGACCAUCUGAAGGAACGCAAACAGAAGCGUCAGCCCAGGAGUGCGGGUGGAAUGGCCGACGAGGACGUCGACGAUGAAUUGCGCUUGUACGGUAAGGAAAAGAUUGCCUUUGGGGAGGUAGCCGAUGCACCACCCGUGCUGACGGCUGUGCCGCGCAAGGCCAAGAAGCUCGCGCCCAAGGCGCAGCGACAGACUGCGUCGUUGUUGCUAGCACAGAAGACGACAGACCAGCGCAAAGCUUCCAAGGUCGCGCCUGUGCGACAGCAAGCCCUUGAUCAAGAGCGAGAGCGUGCAAUCAAGGCGUAUCGCAUGCUGAAGCGAAAUCGCGACACUCACGCUUUCGGCUGA